UAUUUAUCGUGUUAAUCAAUCGACAAAGAUUAUCAACAAUCAAAUAAACAAUUAGAUUAAUUUUCCACUUGAAAUGAUGGUGAGGUGUGUGUGAGUAUCUUAUUAAUUGCAAUUAAUUACAAUUCGUUCAGUUAAUUAGCGAUUUUCUAAUUUUAGUAGAUUCGCCACUCAACAGAUGUCGUUCCAGUCGUUUUUCUAUUUACGCCCUCAAGUUUGUUUCUACUGUAAAAUGUGAUUGUUGAUUUUUUGUUUUUCUAGUUAAUUUAAUUUGUUUUUUCUUCUUCUUUUCAUUUGAUUAUUUUUGUUUUAUUUUAAUUGUUUGUUAAACAUUUGAUUGGAAAGAGAUAAAUUUUUGUUGUGCCUUAGAAAAAAAACUAUGAAUGGUUUGAAAGAAUCAACGAUAAAAACAACAACAACUUCUUCCAAUGGUGAUUCUAGUUUACUCUCUUCAUCUAAAUUAAAUGGAUGUGAUCAUUUACUCAUUGAAUUGGAAUCAAAUGAUUCCUCUUCCCUUAGCCUUGUUUUCAGUAACAGAACCGUUGGUGAUCAAUAUGAUGAUUUUAUGGAUAAAUUGGAUGCUAGAAUUAAAAGCCAUGACAAAGACAUUGAACGAAUGUGUAAUGCUAAUUAUCAAGAUUUUGUUGAUUGUAUCCAUGAUCUUCUCCAGGUUCGCCCUAAAGCUGAUCAAUUACGACAAGAGAUUAUCGAUAUUAAUCAAGAUAUACAAAAAUCAGCUGAAAAUGUUCAACGUAAAGCUGAAGAGUUAAUAAGACACCGGAAGAUUGUUUGUAACAUAGAAACAGCCAUUGAAUAUCUUAGUGUUUGUUUACCAGUAUUGAAAACUUACACCAAAUUAACUUCCCAAAUGGAUGCAACUCGUUACUAUCCUGCUUUAAAAACUUUAGAACAAUUGGAAACCAAUUAUUUACCUCGAGUGGCCAAUUACCGUUUCGCUCAAGCCAUGAGGGAUAAAAUACCACAGAUACGAGAAGAAAUCAAGGAGGCAUCGAUGUCCGAUUUAAAAGAUUUCCUGGAAAAUGUGAGAAAAAAUUCCUCCAAAAUUGGUGAAAUCGCCAUGAAAAAUGCUGCUCAUCAACAGAAUAUUGAAGAUUCUCUUUUCAAUACUAACGAUGAUCCAUCCAAAGUUAACACCUUGGAACUUGAAAAUAGUAACAAUAAGAAUACUACAAUUAUCUCAAUCAAUUCAUCAAUGGACGAGAUUGGAACCAAUGUAAAUAAAACUCCAGUUUCGAACAAAAUUUCAACCAAUUUGGGUACACCAAGGAAAAAGAAAUUAGCACCUAAACCACCACCUCUAUCUUCAUCAAUGGAAGAUAUUCUUGAUCAAAUUAACGAUACCGAUUCAGAUUUUGAUGUAAAUGCAAUUGCCGAAGAUGAACUUAAAGGGACAGAUAUUAUCGACUUUUCACCGGUUUACCGAUGUUUACACAUUUUUGGCUGUCUUGGUGCAUCCGAACUUUUUGAAACAUAUUAUCGGCAACAACGGCAACAUCAGGCCAAACUUGUCCUUCAAUCACCGACAAAUAUGCACGAAAAUAUUGAAGGUUACAAGAAUUACUUUUGCGGAGUUGUUGGAUUUUUCGUCAUCGAGAAUCACAUUUAUAAUACCGCUUCUGGUUUGGUGACCAAAAGUUAUCUUAACGAGGUUUGGGAAAACGCUUUACAAUCAGUGAUUGCCGCUCUUCGAACUUAUUCCUCCUAUUGUACCGAUGAGGUUUUGAUGCUUCAGAUCAAACAGAUAAUCAUAUUAUUUAGUCAAACUCUUCAAAGUUAUGGUUAUACUGUUAACCCACUUUUUAACCUUCUCAUUGAGAUUCGUGAUCAAUACAAUGAGAUUCUAAUGAAACAAUGGUGCUCAAUUUUUCGUUCUAUUUUUGAUUCCGACAAUUAUAAUCCAUUACAAGUGAAUAGUUCAAUUCAAUUAAGUGAAAUUCUGGCUGAUUUUCCUUACUUUGAGAGCGAAAUUAUUUCCAUUGGACCAAAAGGAAGCGAUUUUCCGAAAAAGUUUCCUUUCUCUUCAUUCGUGCCUAAAGUUUUCGUCCAAGUGAAACGUUUCAUUAACGCUUGUCGACAAUUUUCCCAAGAUUUGAAUAUCAGCUCAACCGAAAUUGAAGAUAUGGUUCGAAAAUCGACCAACUUAUUACUAACUCGAACCCUUUCAGGUUGUCUUUCUCUUCUAAUCAAAAAACCAGGUCUUGGUCUUCUACAAUUAAUCCAAAUAGCAAUCAACACUAAUUAUCUUGAAUCAUCAAUGUGUCAUCUUGAAGAGUACAUCUCACAGCCAGUUAUCAAUCAGAAUUCACAAUCAUCCUCUCAAAAUUUAUCAUCUUCAUCAUCGAUGGCCAAUCUAAGUGAGCUAGUUGGAACCUCUCAUCUUGCCAAACUACAAGGAAGUUCAAUGUUCAAAGAUGCUCGAUCCGAUGCUGAGUCACAAAUCUACUUCUUAUUGAAUCAAAAGAUAGAUGAAUUUUUUGAUAUCGCUCAUUAUGAUUGGAGUCUAGUUGAACCAUUAGGAGUGGCCUCAUCCUACAUAACCGAUUUGCUCAAAUUUUUGACCACAACUUUUCAAGCGCUAACCAAUUUACCGGACAAAAUUGCACAAACGGCCUGUCAUUCGGCCUGUAAACACAUGGCCUCAUCCCUGAUGAACUCUCUCCUUGACGAAGAUGUUAAAUCAAUCUCAAUGGGAGCCUUAGAACAAUUUAAUCUUGACCUACUGCAAUGUGAAUUUUUCGCCUCCUCUGAGCCCGUUAAAGGAUUCGAGGACAAUGUUUUACAAUUAUGUUUCACUGAGUUACGACAAUUAGUUGACCUACUGCUUUCCUGGCAAUGGUCAACUUAUAUUGCUGAUUAUGGUAAACAAGGAAGUAAAUAUUCACGAGUUAAUCCUCAAAUUGCUCUUAAUUUGUUGGAAAAAAUUAAAGAAACCGAUGGGAAUCGUAACAUAUUCACUUCAUUCAAGAAAAAUGAGAGAGACAAGAAAAAAUUGGUCGACACUGUAAUCAAACAACUUAAACAGAUAAUCGCAAUUAACAAUUCUAAUUAAACCCCUUUUUUUAUAUUAACUAGAAGUCAAUUAAUCAACAACAAAAUUCAACCUAUGGACCAAAUUUAACGCAACAACUUAAUCAACUUCAUCUACCAACAAAACAAAGUCAACAAUUAACCAGAUUCACAGCCUUAUCAUUGAUAAAUAUUCAUAUAUUUAAAUUAACCCAGCGAACAAUUCAAUCAACAAUUAGAAAUAAUUAGCUUUAUAUUUUUGUUUUCAUCAAUCAAAUUAUUCCAAAGUCACAAAAUUAACCCUUUACAAUUAAAAUCCUUUAGAGAGCUGAAAUCCUCGACAAUCAACUAACCAUCAUCAUCUUCAUAAUUUACAUCUCUAUUAACUGUGAUAUAAUAUUAACCACUGAUGAUUUACUAAUCGACUUAGCAAUGACCAAUAUUUUACAUUGAUGAUUUAGUUAAUUUCCUCCCCACCAAGAUAAAAUUAAUUGAUUGUGAUUAGACCGACAUCACCAUCAUUAAUGGAUCAAUUUAAUUGUUUGUACAGCAAAAAAAAUGCAUCAUUUUUUUUAUAAUCAGAAGCUCAGAAAUUAAUAUAUUAAAUUACUAAUUAACAAAUUACUUCACAGUCAAACAUAAUCGAGCUUAAAUCCAAUUAACUAAUCAAUACAAUUUACGAAGAGGAAACAAAAUCCAUCUAAUAUUUAAAUCAAUCAAAUUGUAUCAAUUGAAAUGAGCAUGAUAAUCAUCAUCUUGAUUAUAAUCAAAAAAAAAAGUUAUAAUUUCCAAAUCUAAUUGUUUUAGUUAAUCAACAAUUCACUGUAAUCAAUUAAAUGCAAACUUUUUCCCCGUUGAAACAAUUUAAUCAUUUUAUUGAUUUUCACUUGACAACAUCCAAAUGAUUCAACUAAUCAAGUAACGGUGAUUUAAUUAUAACUAAACCAGUUAACUAUCAAUAAGAGUAAAGUGUAAAGAUUAAUUGUAAUCAGAUUGAUCUAAUCACAAUUUUAAUAAUAAUUAACUUAUCCCAGGGAAUUAUGAUUAAUUUAAUGAUGAUAACAAUUAUCAUCACACACUCAUUGUGAUUAAGUUAAAUGAGUUUGAGUGAAUCAAGGAAACAAUCAAUUGAUUGUUUCGGUUAAAUAACAUUCAUUUUGAGUGAAAAAAAGUGUUAAUAGUCAAGGUAAUUAGUUAAUUACUAAGUUUGUCAACAAGAAAAUUAACCAAGUUGAUCCACCAAGUAAUUAAAUCGUUGCCAACUUAUCAUAAUACUAAUAUAGCAAUUAAAUCUGUAUUUAAUUUGUCUUCUAAAUGAUAAACAAUUAAGUAUAUAAACUAACAACGUCAAUCAA